CCCCCAGUCAACGGCAGCGUGUCCAGAGACUUGUCAUUGACAGCUGGGUGACAGGUUGGGCGCUGCCUUAUCUUACUGACGCGAUACCAUGAGACAGGGAACAUGGGCGAGUGGGCUCCUUUCUUUUCAGAUCGAUUUCAUGGCCACGUUACAGCCUUGUCACUCACGGAGUCAUCUUAACGGUCUUCACCCUCACUUCACACACUGCCCAUAUAUAACCGCAGAAACCCAUCUCCUUGUCACCCAUCGGAUGACGUACGCAUUCGCGCCAAGGUGCAAUGAGCAGUGAAGAUAUGUUCACCAUGCUGUUAUAUAGGCGAGGUGGUGAGUCGUCGCCAACGCCUCCCACAUACCUGUCAACAUUCCUUACGUCGCUUUCAACAACCCAAUUCCCUCACUCCUCCACGUCCGCCAUUCUCUACCAGCCAUCAAUUCUUCAUCGCUCCUUAUCCGUCGCUCCUUGAUCUUCUUUUCGGUUCAUACACUCUUUUCAACAGCUCUACCACGCCACAAUCUACCUCGUCGUUUCAGCCAUGAAGGCUAUCCAUCUCGGCGCUGCCGCGUUGUGUGCUCAGGUUGGACUGGCUGUUCCGCAUGCUGGCCACCAGAAACAUCGACAUGCAGCUCGUCACCUCGAGACCUACUAUUCAACCAUCACUGAUGUCGUGACCAUCACAGCUCCUAAUGCCGUGGUUUGGGUCGAUCAGUUCGGCAACGUCAUCUCCACUGAAUACCGUGGUCACGUCCAGUCACCGGCACCAAGCGAGACCGUCAGCACCAGUGUUCCGAUUCCAGUCGACACCAAUACUGUUGCCUCAUCUUCAGUCAUUCCCACUGAUGCCGCACCACUGCCAACGACAUCCGCAUCGAUUCGCUUCAGCUCUGUCGACACCACUACGUCUUCAUCCCCAGCUGUCACUUCUGCCCCUACAUCAGCCUCCCAGGCCCCAGCGACUGGUAGUUCUACUACCAGCAGUGGCGUUUCCGGUGAUGACGACAAUUCGGCUGGUGGUGGUGGCUUUGGUAUCUGCUACGAACUCAUCACUGAUUCUGGCUGCAAGACCAAGGACCAAAUCAGUAGCGACUUUGCCUUCCUAGCUGGCCAGGGCUUCAGCAAGGUGCGAGUCUACGACAUUGGUUGCGAUCUUGGCCCGGUUGCCCAAGCUGCUUCUGCGGCCAACAUGCAACUUGUUGCCGGCCUCAACACCAUCACCAAUGUUGCAACCGACAUCGGAACAUUGAUUGGCUUUCUCACUGGAAAUUGGGCUUCGGUCGACACUAUUGUCAUCGGUAAUGAGGUUGUCAAUAAUGGUGGAGAUCCAAACGCAGUGGUUGCAGCCCUUGGUGUUGCUCGGGCCGCGCUCUCUGCUGCCGGAUACACCAAGAACGUUGUCACAGUCGAUGUUUGGAGUCAGUUGCUGAGAUACCCUCAGUUGUGCCAGAACUCCGACUACUGCGCUGCCAACGCCCACGCAUACUUUGAUGUCAAUACCAAUGCAGACCAAGCAGGCACAUAUGUGUCCAACAUUAGUCAACAACUUGCAGCUAUCGCCAACGGCAAGAGUGUUGUCAUUACUGAAUCCGGCUGGCCAUGGCAAGGACAAGCCAACGGAGAUGCCAUUCCUUCACCUGCCAACCAGCAGACUGCGGUCAGUGGCCUCAGAUCUGCGUUUGCCUCGAACCCAGGUGGUCUAUUCUUGUUCCAAGCGUACGAUGCGACCUACAAGGCUCCUGGUCCUCUCGGAGUCGAACAAUUCUUUGGAAUCUACGGUCAUUGAACGUCGCUUCACAGUGACGGCACAAGACUCUUGUUCUUGAUCCAUGUCAACUCCGGACACAGAACUUCAUUUCCCCUUUUGUUUUCCAUUAUGACAAAACAAGUCAUCUCUGGCGGCUGGUCUUCAGCAUGGCGACGGCGUUCCAGUCAAUUCGGCAUAUCGUGACCCGGCGGGUUCAGCGUUUCCUUGAGUUACUUCCAACAUGAUACCCAGCAGAAUCAGCGACACACUUUUUACACCCAUGAAAGAAUGUAGAGACUACCUCAAAAUACACAGAGCUUGCCAAGGACAGCAGCAUAGCUAUCAGGCAUUUUCUUUUUCGCUUUUCUUUCUUCUCUUCUUGAAAAAUUCCAGAGAUUUUUCUCCUCUCCUGUCUUGGAAUAGGCGGGCGACUGGACUGGACUAUUCUCGACAAGACAUCCAUCCCAACAACAUGAUUAUGGAAAGAGAUAUCUUCGAAGUAUGGAUAUCGGCAAGGGUCAAACGAACAACAAUCAAGGGGAUGGCAAGGAUAGCAGCAGCGGACAGUUUUAAGUCUGGUUCCAGCAACAACAACAACAACACCGAGCGAGCUCGUGUUGUUCUUGUUCCUAUUCCUAAGCAGGACAGUGACUUUGUUAUUUGCUUAGCUUAGAUAGCUGACAUGGCUUCUUUUUCAUUUUCUCCUUUACAAAAAGAAAAUCCGGGGGAAGAAAAAGACAGCAUUCAACAAUGAAAUCAUAUUCCAAACAAACAAAA